GCCUAUUCCUAAGUGCAUAGUCUUGAAUUGUUAGAAGUUCAGUGAAGAGUGUGUGUGGGAGAGAGUCAGAGAGACAGGGAGUGAGUGAGUAGAGUUUUCCGAAAAUCGAGAAAGACAGAAAUGAGGACGGUAACAUUGCAAUCUCCGCCAUACGCGGCUCUCUCAAUUCCCCCAGCACCUUCUUCUUCUUCCUUCUCCUUCCGUAAUUCCACUCUUUUCUUCAACACUUGGCUCCCUCAGUUUCGCGCUUCAUCUUCAGCUUCAACUCGCUUCGCUCUCGAUGCUUCAUCUAUCCAAACCGCUUCCACCACUGAAUUGGACGCUGUUUCAGCCUUUAGCGAGAUCGUUCCCGACACCGUCAUCUUCGAUGACUUCGAAAAGUUUCCUCCAACAGCAGCUACCGUUAGUUCCUCGCUUCUCUUGGGAAUAUGUGGUCUUCCAGAUACUAUUUUCAGGAAUGCUGUGGACAUGGCUUUGGCUGAUUCUGAGUGUUAUGGGCUUGAAAACACUGAAGCUAGAUUGUCUUGUUUCUCCAGCAAGGCUUUGGUGAAUGUCGGAGGUGACAUGGCGAAGUUGGUCCCUGGUCGUGUUUCGACCGAAGUGGAUGCACGUCUUGCUUAUGACACACAUGCCAUUAUUAGAAAGGUGCAUGACCUGUUGAAGUUGUACAAUGAUAUUAGUAUCCCUCCUCAGCGUCUUCUGUUUAAAAUUCCUUCAACCUGGCAGAGAGGCUGCAAGAUUGUUGGAGUCCGAGGGCAUACAAACCCACUUGACUUUUGUUUACAGCUUUGCUCAAGCCGCUGCUGCUGCUCAAGCUGGUGCUUCUGUGAUUCAAAUUUUUGUUGGCCGCUUAAGGGACUGGGCGCGCAAUCAUUCGGAUGACCCAGAGAUAGAAUCAGCUCAGCUGAAAGGAGAGGAUCCUGGGUUGGCAUUGGUGACAAAAGCUUACAAUUAUAUUCACAAGUAUGGGCAUAAGUCAAAGUUGAUGGCAGCUGCAGUUCGCAACAAGCAGGAUCUAUUUAGUCUUCUGGGGGUUGACUAUAUCAUAGCUCCAUUGAAGAUCUUGCAGUCUCUCAAAGAAUCUAUUGCUUCUCCUGAUGAGAAGUACUCUUUUGUUAGGAAGUUAUCGCCUCAGUCUGCUGCCAGCUAUGUGUUUAGAGAUGAAGAGCUUGUUAAAUGGGACCAAGCUAGCCUUGCAGCAGCCAUGGGGCCAGCAGCUGUGCAGCUUCUGGCUACUGGACUAGAUGGUCAUGCCGAUCAAGCAAAGCGAGUUGAAGAGUUAUUCGGGAAAAUUUGGCCACCCCCAAAUGUAUGACUUCAGUUUUUCUUUUGUCUCUCAAUAGAUCUUUUGCUUCAAGGAAUAACAGAAGGUGCUACACCUGAAGGGAAAUCCUCCGUUUGUUGUGUUUCUUUAGUUUCCCCUAACCUUGAAAUCUUGGAGAGUCCGGUCUUGCAGCUGUACAUUUUCUUCUGAGUAUUUCCUCUGGUUUUUUCAACCUUCUUACCCGUAUAGUUCUACUGGUUAAAAUCUGGUUAUGUGGCAUGUUCUUCGUUCUUCAAGCAUUUCUGCUUGUUUGUGAAAUGAAAACAUCAUGGUAUCUUUAGAAUAUAACAAUUCCAUUUGACCCUAGUUAACGUUUUACAAA